AUGGAUGACGAGCCGUCCGAGGCGGCAGUGGCAGACGGUGGCAAACGAACAGCGGCGGUCAACGGUGCGGUGAAUGCGGUGACGGAGAGCAAUGGCACCAGUAGCAACAUUGAUGGCAUAGUCACCAUCUCCCCGCGCGGCGACGUCGUGCUUGACGUGCUCUUUGAGACGUCUAGAGAGACGCUGCGAGCGACCCGCAAGAAGGCAAACAGGACCUUUACUCCGGCGACCGCGACCACUGACCUCACGUCCGCCUUGAAGCCAAAACUUCCAAUGGCAUUCCGGGUUGAGUCGUCGGCCCUGAAAAAGAACUCGCGCUACUUUGCAAACCUGCUGGGUGACACACGUUUCAAAGAAGCGCGGACAGUCGAGGCUGGACUUGCAGCGUUGGCCCUCGCCGAUGUCACACCUGCCGAUGCGGACGUGACUCGUCUGCCACGGGUCCACAUCGACGACGACGACGAGGGCAGCCGUACCACCGGACGUGAGCUUGUGUUUGCCGAGCUCUUGCGGAUCCUGCACUGGGAUGGCACAGUCGCACCAGUGGCUGUUAAUAUGAAUAGCGACAAUGGAGACCAAGCAGACAAGGCCGCAAGCCCACAGUCGAAUUCGAAAUCGAAAGCGAAAACCAAUGGAGCGUCCCGGACGGCAGCAGCUGCACCAAAAGGAAGGCCCGCUAAAACCAACCCGCUGUCGGGAAGGACUGUGCCGUCGCGAAAAGGGGCCAACUCAGACACGGCUACGCAGAACAACAGCUCGGCACGGCAAACACAUCCUGUCCUCCUGCCCGGGACACGCUGGUCUGCCAAGACGCCCCCAACACUUCUUGAGCUGGCUACUCUAGCCCUGCAGGCAGACAGGUUCGCCUGCACGGAUGCAGCGGCUGCGUACGUGCGUGCACUGCGGCUGCGCUUUCCGCAGCCAAUUGUCCGCUCAACACGGAGUGACGGUGGCCUCGGCGUCGGAAGCGGGUCUAGUGGUGGCGGCCUUCCUGGUAUGACCAAUGAGGAAGCCAUCCGGCAGAAGGUCUUUAUGGCGUGGCUGCUUGACCAGCCCUUGCGGUUUCAUGCCGGCACACGGGAGCUCAUCCUGUACGGCUCAGCGCGGUGGGCGGCAGCAAUGUCUGGCGAGGAAGAGGACGGCAGCGCGGAGCUCGCCAAUGGCAACGGCAGCGGUAGAGCCACCUCCCAUCGUGGCCAGGAGCUGCCAGCCUGGUGGGAUCUGCCCGACGGUCUGGAGAGCGAGCUGCAGUUCCGGCGGGCAUGCAUUGUCCACUGCAUCGCAUCUGUACCGCGGCACUUUUUGGCGCUCUACACGUCGCGCAACCGGCGGCAGUGCAAAAUGGGCUACGAGUCGAGUGCGGCGUGCGACUCGUUUCAGCUCGGCGAGAUUGUCAAGUUUUUGUUCCACAAAGAUCUGCUCUUCCUGCAGGACUUUUCGUCGACGGUCAUGAGCAAAGGUCGCACGCAACAGCCGCGUCUGUCUCCUGCCGACUACGCUGCCGUUGACGUGCACCACAUCCUCUCAACGCUUAAGCAGUGUCCGGCCUACCAGCUCGACAAGCACCACGUGAAUUGCGGCCUCCGAACGCGCAUCCUACCCAUCCUCGAGUAUGUCCAGACGAUGCUCGCGGCGAGUGCCGUGGGGCUGCACCGGCAUGACUGGAUGGCGGUUCGUCACGGAAAGGCGUCUUGGCUGGCGGCCGCUGAAGCCGCGGGUUUGCUCGACGGCGACGGUUGCGCGGAGGACGGCCACGACUCGGAUCUCGACGGGGAUGGCACUGACGGCAAUGAUGAUAGGACACCGUCCUUUGGGAAGCCUGCGUCGGGGUCUGCCGUGACGGCCAAGACGGACCAGUACACACCCCAAGUGUUCCGGUUCACGCGAUCCUUGGCCGGUGACCAGCGUUUACGAUACGAGGGAAGUAUAGCUGCUGAUCGCAUGGCAAGACAGCUUUUUACGGCCCGACGGUGGAACUGGACGCCAGAGAACUGA